AUGACCUGUGGAUCAGGAUUUGGAGGUCGCGCCUUCAGCUGCGCCUCGGCCUGCGGACCUCGGCCAGGCCGCUGCUGCAUCACCGCCGCCCCCUACCGCGGCAUCUCCUGCUACCGCGGCCUCUCCAGCAGCCACAGCGUCUGCGGGGGCUUCCGCUCUGGCUCCUAUGGGCGCAGCUUCGGCUACCGCUCAGGGGGCGUCUGCGGGCCCAGCCCCCCAUGCAUCACCUCCGUGUCUGUCAACGAGAGCCUCCUGACGCCCCUCAACCUGGAGGUGCGCUUCCUGGAGCAGCAGAACAAGCUGCUGGAGACCAAGUGGCAGUUCUACCAGAACCGCAAGUGCUGCGAGAGCAACCUGGAGCCUCUGUUCGAGGGCUACAUCGAGACGCUGAGGAGAGAGGCUGAACGUGUGGAGGCCGACAGUGGGAGGCUGGCUGCAGAGCUCAACAAUGUGCAGGAGGUGAUGGAGGGCUACAAGAAGAAGUAUGAAGAGGAAGUUUCCCUGAGGGCCACAGCUGAGAAUGAGUUUGUGGCUCUGAAGAAGGACGUGGACUGUGCCUACCUGCGCAAGUCUGAUCUGGAGGCCAACUCAGAGGCACUGACCCAGGAGAUUGACUUCCUGAGGAGACUCUAUGAAGAGGAGAUCCGUGUCCUCCAUGCCCACAUCUCAGACACCUCAGUCAUUGUCAAGAUGGACAACAGCAGGGACCUCAACAUGGACUGCAUUGUGGCUGAGAUCAAGGCUCAGUAUGAUGACAUCGCCACCCGCAGCAGGGCUGAGGCUGAGUCCUGGUACCGCAGCAAGUGUGAGGAAAUCAAGGCCACAGUGAUCCGACAUGGGGAGACCCUGCGCCGCACCAGGGAGGAGAUGAAUGAGCUGAACCGCAUGAUCCAGAGGCUGACGGCUGAGAUUGAGAAUGCCAAGUGCCAGAACACCAAGCUGCAGGCCGCAGUGUCCCAGUCUGAACAGCAGGGUGAGGCAGCCCUCACUGAUGCCCGCUCCAAGCUGGCCGAGCUGGAGGGAGCCCUGCAGAAGGCCAAGCAGGACAUGGCCUGCCUGCUGAAGGAGUACCAGGAGGUGAUGAACUCCAAGCUGGGCCUGGACAUCGAGAUCGCCACCUACCGGCGCCUGCUGGAGGGCGAGGAGCACAGGCUGUGUGAAGGUGUUGGUGCUGUGAAUGUCUGUGUCAGCAGCUCCCGGGGCGGGGUUGUGUGCGGUGACCUGUGUGUGUCAGGCUCCCGGCCGGUGACAGGCAGCGUGUGCAGCGCCCCAUGCAGCGGGAAUCUGGCAGUGAGCACUGGCAUGUGCGCGCCUUGUGGGUCCGGACCUUCAUGCGGUGUCAGCUCCUUCGGCGUGGGCUCCUGCAGAAGCAGCUGCAGGAAAUGUUAGAGUUGGCAGAUCAAGCCUAGGUCCCCCUGCUGAGCCUCUCUCCUGUGGAACUAGCUCUGACCACUCAGUCCUGGGGCUUGGAGCAUGAGCUCAGCCACUUCUGCACUUUUCAGUGGUCCCUCCCACUAUCUACCCCAGCUUGGAUCUCUCCAUGGUCCCUGCUCUCCGGCUUUGCUGCCUACCAGCAUGGAAAUGGGCUUCUCCAGAGGUCUCCUUGGAGCCACAAGAAGGGGACCCAGGGCUAGGAGGGACCAGAAUAGGAUUGAACCCUAGGCUUCCAUAGAUCUAGAGCCUCAGCCUCCCCCUCCCCCCUCACCUGUACCCUCUACAAUCUAAUCUCUGUCUUGC